GUCCAGACGUAAAUAUGCAGCCCCGCGCGGGUUAAAAUUCUGCAGAGAUCCUGGAAUUGUAGCCUUUACGGCGGUGGCCCUGGAACACGAGGGACGGCGCGGGCGGUCAAGGAAGGCGAUGGAUACCUAGUACCUACGUCCUGCUAAUUGAAAAACGUGUGAAUCCGUUGUGCUGAUUGGCCAUGGAAUAACCCUGUCUGCAGAUGACGCCUGCUCGGCUGACGAGCGGAAGAAGCGGCCCCGGACGGCGUUCACGGCGUCCCAAAUCAAAUCCCUGGAGACCGAGUUUGAGAAAAACAAAUACCUGAGCGUCAGUAAGCGGACACAGCUCUCCAAGCAGCUCAGUCUGACCGAGACUCAGAUAAAGAUAUGGUUCCAAAAUCGCCGGACCAAGUGGAAGAGGAAGCACACCAACGAACUGGAGAUGCUGGCCCAGCAGUACUACGCGCACUUGGGGCUGUACGCGCCGCGGCCGGUGCACCCCGCCGACCGGCUCUGGCUGGUGUCCCAGGGGCUGCACCCGCCGGUGCCGCCGCCGCCGGCCGGAGGUCUGCUGCCGUCCAUCUACUCCGCCGCCGCCGGCCGCCUGCUGCCGCCACCGCUACCGCUCUCCGCCCCAGCGGCCCGGCUGACCCCACCGACCAGCUCAGCGCUGGAGGAGGCGCUCCGCCGCGGCCUCACCCGACUCUACUCCCAGCCAAACCCCCACUCACCGCCCGCCGCGCGAGCCUCCCCGCCGCUGCUGUCCUUGCGCAAUAUGAUAGAUGGCGCCACCGCCGGCCACAUAGGUGGCGCUGCGGUGUCCGCAAUAGAUGACGCUGCAAUAGACCGGCCAGACGACGGCUCGCAGGACGAAAUUGACGUGGUCGAUGCUGAUAUGUUGUAGCCGGGCAGCGUGGCCCGAGGUAGCCUGUACCAGAUUGGUCAGUUGGUAGUCUGAGACAAGAGCGCUGAAAAAGUCAGCCUUAACGCCGGUCGACACCAGGACCGAGUCUGCCGUCGGAGCCGCCUGCGCGCGAUACUUGUGCGUGGCGAAACCGAUGAACGAAAUGUCGAGCACGUUUAGAAAGUGUACAAAUAGCAGCUAAUCGUAGGUAUAGAAAUGAAGUGAGUCGCCUGCUGGUAGGAAUAACAUGCUUCCAUUGUCAGCCGAAAGCCAAAGCAAUGAACUGUAAUACAGAAACGCACUGACUUCUGA